ACAUCCAAGGCUUGGCUGUUCAGAAAGGAUGCUGAGCUGUAGCAAAGUCCGUUGAGAUCUCCCUGUCUUGGAGGGAGGGAGGAACUAGCAUUGCUGAAGGUGACUGGUGCUCCCAUUUUUAGAUGCAUUCCCACUCCAUAGCCAGCUACUCCUCUUGAGCUGACAUCACGGUAUCCACAGAGCUAUUUAAGCUGCAACAAGGCAGGGCCAGCCUGAGCUGGGGAUCCUGCCUACAUCUGCUGGCUGCCCCUCGGCUUCGCUCCCAGUAGAAGGCACAGCGCAACAUGCCCCCCAAGAAGGAUGCCCCAGUGAAGAGGCCAGUACCCCCACCUGCCAAGCCAGCAGCUAAGCCAGCUGCAGCAAAGCCAGGAAGCCCAGCAGCUAAAGCCAAAGCACCAGAGAUGGCACCAGUACCGCCAUCAGCAGAAAAGCCCAAGGAGCCUCCAAUUGACCUCUCCAAAGUGGUGAUUGAAUUCACUAAGGAGCAAUUGGAGGAAUACAAGGAGGCGUUUGGGCUCUUUGAUCGGGUUGGUGAUGGCAAAAUCCAGUUGAACCAGUGUGGAGAUGUGAUGAGGUCCCUGGGCCAGAAUCCCACCAAUGCAGAUAUUUUGAAAGUCCUGGGACACCCCAAACCUGAUGAGCUGAAUUCUAAGCGGGUGGAGUUUGAAGAGUUCCUGCCCAUGUUGCAGACCAUUGACAAGAGCAAAGAUAAAGGCACCUACGAAGACUACCUGGAAGGGCUCAGGGUCUUUGACAAAGAGGGCAAUGGCACUGUCAUGGGUGCAGAGUUGCGGCACGUCCUUGCCACACUUGGUGAGAAAAUGACUGAAGAGGAAGUAGACACCUUAUUAGCUGGACAUGAGGAUGCCGAUGGCUGCAUUAAUUAUGAAGCCUUCCUCAAACACAUCAUGGCAGGCUGAGCUGACAUCAAGAUCAAGGAGUAGGUGCCACAUUUCCAAAUGUAAUGUGUUUUGCAGACCAACCGCAUGCAUUCCCUCGCAUGCAUUCCUCUGCUUAGCAAAUAAAAUUUCCUUCCCUGCAAUCUCUGCAUCAUCAAGCCAUUCUCUUAGGGGCUAUCUUCUGCGACUUUUCAUUUGUGUGUGGUAUUUUCAACAGAGCUGGCCCAAAAAUUUUAAAAGUGAAAAUUGAAGCAAAUUUAAGGGUCCCUCACAAGAAGAAAUAUAUGAGAAUUUUCAAGGGAAGCCAAAUGAGUUUCUAGAAGACAAGUGAAAGUUGGGGGGAGGCACACGGGAUGUCUGCUAGAGACAUUGGGGGUGGAUGUCUGUCUGUACACCCCCAGCAGUCAUACCUUUGUUGCUGCUACAUGCAGUGUCUUCCAAACACACACAUUCACACAGCAAAAAAGACACUCAUAAAAGGUUUGACACAAGAUAAGGUAUAGUAGGUACACUUUUCCACACACCCCCACCAUUUCUAGGUAAAAUUGUAUGUAUGUGUGAAGCAGCCUGGAAGGCUCACCAUUACUACUUGUGAGAAUUCUAGGAUUAAAGAUUGUUGUCCUUAUUAAUAUAAAAUCAGUUCACUGGCAUUAUCUAGUAUCCAUGUGUUUGUUUGCAAAGACUAGCACUACAGAGCUAGUAAAGCCAAGCAGCCAACCAAGGAGUUUCACCUUUCCUUUUGCUUGAAGAGCCACUUCAUCAGGCCCCCUUUUCUUUUCGCAACUUUGAUACUAACAGACUAGAAAAUCACACAUUUUACUUUCUCCCCAGAGCUCCUUAAGGUGGUCUGAACAGCUGUACCUUUCAGGGAGGACACUUCAGCCCAUCACUCCCCAAAGGAGUCAGUAACCCUUUUUUCUAUCUUUGAAUAAAUACCAUCCAACCCUUCCUUUCUCUGUGUGUGCUGCAAAGAAAACUUUAUUCAUACUGCAUUGUGGGAACAUCAAGAAGUUAUCACCUAUGGAACCAGAAGGGGGCACCAGUGAAUUGCAUCCUCCACGACAAAUAAGACCUUACACCUUUUGACUCCACAAACUCAAUCUCCCCCUCCCCGCCUUUAUGGACAAUAAAGUCUUUGGUUUUCA